AUGGCAGAGAAGUUGGUGAAUGUGAGGUAUAACUAUGAUGGCACAUUCAACAAGACAAGUUAUUCAGGGGGGAAGAGUAUUAUUUUCAACUGCCAAGACGUGGAUGAAUUUUCAUAUACAGUGGCGCUAGAAAAUGUCAAGGAUUGCCUCAACUGUACUGAAAUUGGAGGAUUAUAUGUGCUGAAUGGAAAACCCCUACAAUGGAAGCUUCUGAAGUGUGAUUCAGAUUUGCUUCAACUGGUAGAUGCCUGCGAAAGUGGUGGGGACAUAAAUAUAUAUGUGGAUUGUGUUGUUGACAAAGAAUGCAAGCCACUGGAGCCAGGGGUGCCAUUUCUAGUCGUACGACCAAGAAAGAACAUACUUAAAGAACAUCUACAAAUCAAACAGAAUAGGCGUACUUUUGUUUCUUCACACCAACUACAGCAACAAAGGCAAAGCAAGAGGAUUCCAAGGUCACCUCAGAUGCAGGAGGUUGAACAGAACAAGCUUCCAAAAUCACCACGUUUGCAGGAGCUAGCGAAGAAGAAUCUUCGAAGCUCAACUCAUUUGCAAGAGGUUCAAAACAACAAUCUGCCAAAGACACCUCCAAAGAAUCUUCGAAGCUCAACUCAUGUGCAAGAGGUUCAAAACAACAAUUUGCCAAAGACACCUCCAAAGAAUCUUCGAAGCUCAACUCAUUUGCAAGAGGUUGAAAACAACAAUCUGUCAAAGUCACCGCGUUUGGAGGACCUACAGAAGAAUCUUUCAAGCAACCCUCAGUGGAAGAAAGAUGUAAGCCCCAACGCUGUAUCUGCAUUGGUGGCGAAAAGGAGGUUACACUUAUCAAAAUUGGAUACAAUUGAGUCGGGCCGAGUGAAUGAGUAUGAGCUGCGUAAAAUUCAGAAUGUGGAAGAAAACAAAAAAAAGUUCAAGGAACUCGGAUUAGGAAAAUAUGCUGCUAAUCCAAUUAAGCCGAUAGUCCAGCAGAGUACAAAGGAAAAUAAGGAUCGGGAAGAUCCUGAAUAUGUUGUGGAAAAUGAGACGGGAGAUGAAAGUGAUGACACUUCAGAGGGAAUCAAAUCUGUCCAGAAACGGAAAGCAAUACCUGGUCCCAGAACUCGUUCGCGAGCAAAUGAUAAGGAUUUGGGUGAUAAGGAUCCGGUGGAUCCUAUCGACAAAGGCAAAAAGGUUGCUGCUGCUAGGGAUAAUUCUGCACCAAGUGGUACAAUUGCUGCGUAUAUGGCCCUGCGAGAACGUCAGAAGCAGAAUCUUGAAGCUGAAAUGAGGAGAGAGGAUGUUGGUGAUACAGAUUUACAAAAUGGAAGUGAAGGUGAAGAAGUAGAAGAAGAUGAUUUGAAGAAGAAAAUGUUGGAAUAUACUUUGCACCAGAAGGGGAAAAAGUGGGUGUACAAGACACUUAAUUCAUCCUGGAGAACACACAAGUCUCGUGUCAAGCUGAUGCAUUACUCCCAAUUUGACAAUGAUGAGGAGAGGAUUCAAAACAGGCCGGAUCAUAUUCCGCUCGAGGAUUUUAAGAUGCUGUUGGACUACUGGGCGGACGAUGGAGUUCAGAUUUUGGCUGAGGAUAAUAAGGCUCGUCGCAAUAUGUAUGUUGAGACACACACUCUCGGUUGCAAGAGUCUGCUGAGCUUAGAACAACACUGUGAUGGAGAUCAAUUUGGCACUCCAAUCACUCCUGGCACCGCUUCUGGAACCGCUCCUGGCACCACCCAUGGCACCACCGACUCUUUAAUAUAA